AUGAAGAAGUUUGAACACUUGGGAUGCACUGUGCAAGCGAUACACGGCACAAUAGACCUCGCCGGCUUCCGGACUGUCCGGCUGCUGACGGAGGUUGCCCGUUUCCAGGUGGGGCCUGGAGGGCUCCCGGAAUUGCACCUCGUCUCCGGGCGACAGAGAUCAGGUCCCCUGGAAGGGGCGGCAGCUGCCUCUGUGGUGUACCGGAGAUCCUGGCUGCUCUUCUCUGCCGCCGGGGGGUGGGGUGGGGUGUUUCCACAUGUAGUUCUGGCAGGAGAGAGAAGGGCUGAUUACUGGAAAUCACAGCCCAAGAAAUUCUGUGAUUACUGCAAGUGCUGGAUAGCCGACAACAAGCCUAGUAUUGAAUUUCAUGAAAGAGGAAAGAACCAUAAGGAAAAUGUGGCUAAGAAAAUUAGUGAGAUUAAAAAGAAAAGUUUGGAAAAAGCAAAGCAAGAAGAAAAAAUGUCAAAAGAAUUUGCAGCCAUGGAAGAAGCGGCAAUGAAGGCCUAUCAGGAGGAUUUGAAAAGGCUUGGAGUUAAGGCAGAAUCUGUAAGUCCAGCCCCCCCAAAAAAGCAAGAAGAAAAGCGGGAAAAGAAGGAAAAGAGGAAAAGAGAGGCAAAGGCCCCAGAAACUUCAUCAGAUGCAACAAAAGAAUGGGUGCGCGGAUUUUCUUCGGAAGGCUACAUGUAUUACUACAACACCAUCUCGGGAGAAUCACAGUGGGAGAAACCAAACGUAUUUGAAGACGACCCUCAGGAGUCCCAAAUGCCAGGACGGUGGGUGGAAGGAGUGAGUGAAGAUGGUCAUACCUAUUAUUACAAUACAGAAACAGGAGUAUCAACCUGGGAGAAGCCUGAUGGUUUUGUGUCUUCUUCAAAUGGAAGCUGUCAAGAGGAAAGCCAUUCUGGAGAGGGCCCGGAAGCAGAUUCAAAGGGAGCCAAGUCAGCGGCUGGAAAGGAGGGCAGGCAGGUGGCGCUGCAGGAGCCCCAGCAGAACGUCCGGCGGAAAACAGAAAGCGAUGGAGAAGGCGAGGAAAAGCCUCACAGGCCGAAAAAGAUCAGCCCUUACGGAGAAUGGCAGGAAGUGAAGUCAGAAAGCACCAGGCCAGAGGGCAGAGCGCCAGCCCCACCGAAAACGUCCCAGGCAGCCUCAGCCGCAGCCAAGCCCUACGGCGAGUGGGAGGAAGUCACCCCAAAGGAAGACUCCUCUGAAAAAGUCGACUUGGAGCUUCCCAGUACAGAGAAUGAUGUCCCACCAGCCCCAGUUCUGGAAGCGCCAGAGGAUGCCAAAAUUAUAUUUAAGGAAAAAACUGUCACUUCCCUCAGCGACACAACAACAGGGGUAUCGGUUUUCAAAAAGCGGAAAUUCGAAAAUGGAAAAGCUAGAAACAUACGACAAAGGCUGGACGAUCACUGAUAGUUUGACCACACUCUCUGGAUGCUCUUUCAGGAGAUGCAAGGAGAGGAGAUUUUUUUUUUUAAGUUUCUUUACAGAAGAUGGUUAGAAAUUCAGACUUUCUGUCUUCAAACGUGUCCUGUGUACAAAUAAGCCCCAUUUUUGGUGACACUGUUUUUAUUUGCUAGAAAGAAUUUUUUUUCAUUUAAGCAGCUGUGUAAAUACAUACAUAUUUUUUUACAUCCCUUAUCAUAUGAACUCCUGUUUUCUGCUGUUGUUUUUUGUUUGGUUGCUUACAAUCAGCUUGCUGCUGCAUUGUUUUCUAAGAGAAAUGGGAAUGCAACAACUUCAGCGAUUGUCCUGUGCACCCCCAAGUGGGAAGGCAUCACUGAGCUCGAGGGAACAAAUUCAGACCUGGCGGGCAGUUGCAUUCCAGAUAGGCCUCUACUGUAUGAUAGCAUUUCUCUUAGGAAAAUUAAUGGAAGCCCACGAAGCAUCAGCCUUUGAUUCAAACCAUGAAUAUGUAACGAAACCAUUUUUAUUCAUUUUAGAGAAUUGUGAAACCUGAUCCAGCAAUUAGCUCUAAAAGAAAUUCUCAUUUGUCUUGAUAGAAAGCAGUAUUCUGUGUACAGAUCACAAUAUAGUGCCCGGAGCAGAUUUGUAUAUAGUGGAAUAUCAGUCUUUCACAUGAUGGGGAACAAGGCAGUCAAACCUUUCCUUGGCAUCCUCCCUCCCACAUUCCUUGGGUGGGUCAUUGAUCAUUUUUUCCCCUUUGGGAGACGAGGAGGAGACGUCUGUGUGGGCUCCUUCCUUCCUUUGCUUUUAGGUUUGGUGUGGCUCUCAGGUGUCAAGCCCCAGGCGGCUGGCAGCCUUACCUUUCUCAUCUACGCAGUGAGAGAAUUGAGUUGUGGCCUGUGUGUACUUGGUGCUUGUCUGCAGAAGUGAUGACUUGAAUACUGUACCUAUAUAAUUUCGCAAAUGAAGUAAACGUUUCCA